AUGGCGGCACGUCCGUCGAUUCCACCUCCAGGAGGACACUGUCCGUGGAAUAAGUUGCCAACUCAUCUCAAAGGCUACAUACUCUGGCUUGUGGACGUGCCGGACAGAGAACUCUACAUACGCAUGGAUCGCGGAAAAUUCUACUACUCAAGCAAGAACGAUAGUCCUCCGAUCGAGGGCAACCCACUGUAUGCGAAAUUUUGUCGGGAUGUGUUAGAUCCCGAGAAUGGGCGACCAAAUUUCUCCAACCGAACAGGAAACUUCAUCAACUGGGCAUUGGAGAGAUUCAUCGGGCACACAUUGAUCAAAUUCCGUUCUGCUGCCGACCAUUGGUUCCUCGUGCAGGAAUAUCGCAGAUCCGGAUCCCCAUCCUGGGUGCCCAAUAUUACCAAACUCUCGCUGGAUCUGUCCCGUCAGGAGAAUCUUGCCACUGUGAGACGUAUUGCGAGGCGCAUUACAAGAUACGUAUCUAGAUCUUCUUCACUUCGGCUGCUGCGACUUCGUACGUCAUCUUGUUUCUUUCACGGAUCCUGCUGGGAUUUCGACUCUCAAGCGUGGACUUUGAAAGAUUUCAGCCAGUUUUUUAGACUUCCUUCGAGACCGCCACCUGCAAAGGUGGGUCCCACUCCGAGAGUCCACGUGCAGGAACUCAUUGACGCACCUCGAGGCAAAAUUCUCGGACGGAAUCUCGCAACCUUCGGAACAUGGAUCAUCCAAAAUGCGACACCUCCGCAAGACAUGGGUCUCUCAGAAGCGUUGUCAGGUGGCCCGCUUGCUUCAAUACCUCCAGCGAAUGGAACUUGUCCGUGGGAAGGUCUACCACAGGAGCUCAAAGAUUACGUGUUCUAUCUGGCAUACAUUCACUCGGAUCAGCAGCUCCACAUUAUAUCAGAAACACACCGACUCCGUGUGCAGGCACAUCGGGCCCGCUCGGUUUGUUUCUGUUGUAUGGAUUACUCGGAAACUCAUGUGACGCAGCGUCCAGAAACAUAUGUUGAGCGAUUCUUGGUCUCUCGAAGAUGGUUUGAGGUGGCUUGGAAACUCUUCCUCUCCCAGACGAUGCUACAAUGCCAUGUGUCGGAUGUGACGCAAUUUUCGCCAGCUGCCACCGCAGGAGACCCAUCGCUACUGUGGACGCGUGAAAUUACACAACUGACGUUGUCCAUUGAUAAAUCUGUGAAUGAGGGACAUCCUGGCAUGGAGCAUCUCAAGGACCUCACCUCACUGAAACAUCUACACCUGCGCAUCUCGCCCUUGUCUUUCUCGUAUACGGAUCCCUGGGAAGGAAAUGUCACGCAUACUUUGUGGAACGAAUCCGAAUUCGCGGAGUGCGGGAAUCUGUGGAAGGCACCUCGCGGCUGCAGGAUCACUGUCCAGGCCAUUGACCACGGUUCGGCGGUGUCCUGGGUCGAACGACCGUCUGAUCAAGGUGAUGAUCAUAGUGCGUACGUAACACAGAUCUUCGCGAGUAAUAUGAUAAUGUAUGGACGGCUUCUGAACGUGCAUUCGAAUGAGCCGAGGUUGGAAGACGAGGAUAUACCGGAGACUUUGGAGGAAGCAAAAAUUAUGAUURUGAUUAAUGGGAGAGGACUGGUGGAGUUGUUGCAGGAAGUCAAACGAGAGAGGAUGGAGAGGAAGAAGUUGGGAAGUUGA